CCUCUCUGUCAUCAUGAGGUGGACCGGCCGUCACCUGGCAGCCGAGCCGAGACAGUUAGAGUCAGUCCAGCAGAAGUGCCACAUAAUCAAACAAAAGUCCGCUAGGCAGGUUUGGGGCCUCUGGUCAUGGCUAAAGACCCGUUGGCAGAAGCUGGUCUUCAUUUUGAUGAACUCAAUAAACUGCGAGUGCUCGAGCCUGAUGUGAGCCAGAAAACCACUGAACUCAAAGAGGAGUGCGAGGAAUUUGUUGACAAAAUUGGACAGUUUCAGAAAAUUGUAGGUGGCCUUAUUGAACUUGUGGAUGAGUUAGCGAAGGAAGCCGAAAAUGAAAAAAUGAAGGCUAUAGGUGCAAGAAAUUUGCUGAAAUCAGUUGAAAAGCAACGGGAGGCUCAGCAGCAGCAGCUUCAGGCUCUGAUUGCAGAAAAGAAAAUGCAGUUGGAAAGGUAUCGAAUAGAAUAUGAAGCACUUCAAAAAGUGGAAGCAGAGCAGAAUGAAUUCAUCGAUCAGUUUAUACUGCAGAAAUAAGAGUAGUGUUUCCUCUUUCUAUUUGGACAGGAGAAGUGAUGCUAUGCAUCUUGAUUUACAGUGACUUCCUAAUAAUUUCAGGGUCCCUACCUAGGUUAACUGAAUUGACCAGUUAAUAGGUGACAACAGACGUCUGUUUCAGCCUCAACCUCUGACUCUAUUGUGUUAACAUUGAGUGCUUUUGCAUGGCCAGUUCGAGGAGGCAUAUAUUCGUAAUCUUUCCAACCAUCAUAAUCUCAGAUGAAUACUAUUUAUAUACAACAAAAGUUAUUUAUACUAUUUAUAUGGAAAUUAGUUUGUAAAUCAGAUCUUUUUUUACAGCAGGAAAAUACAGUAUUUGCAUGUUACUGUAAAUAAUUCCAUCAUGAGACAUCAGGUAAAAUGUUUAUUUUCUGUAUGAUUUGUAUUUGAACUGCUGUUUGUGACUUGCUGUUUGUUUCCUCAUGGGACCACAACCAAAAUAUUUUCCGCAAAUUCAUUUAUUGUUUGUUUACAUUCACCAUUUAGAUAAUCAAGUGUGUAAUCUUAAAAUUCGACAAACUUCAUACAGAUUUGAAGAACGAUUAAAUAAAAAUAUAUUUUUCAUUUAAA